AUGGAGCCGGUGGUAGAGAUUCCGUUGGAGCCGAGGGCGAGCGGGGCACUCAGGGUGGCGCCGUUGGCCGACAGAGAUCCAGAGAGCGUGGCGGUGGCGGCAUACAGGUUCUUCCAGGCAUUGGAGGAGGAUCCGACGUCGAAGGCGUUGUUGCUUCCGGGCAGCACGUCAGCGGACAGGCUCGUGGUGGAUCCGGGUGCGAUGGUGAGGUUGGAGUUGGCCUUUAAGGUCCCGGAAUCCACCGUCCCAGAAUACAGAGUGGCGACUCUGUUGCUGCUGGAGGCGAUGGAGCCGGUGGUAGAGAUUACGUUUGAGCCGAGGGAGAGCGGGGCGCUCAAGGUGGCGCCGUUCGCAGAGAGUGAUCCUGAGAGGGUGGCUGAACCGGCGUACACAUUCUUCCAGGCGUUCGAAGACGCUCCCACGUCGUACGCGUUGUUGGUUCCGGGCAGCACGUCCGCGGACAGGCUGGUGGUGGAUCCGGCUCCGACGGUGAGGUUGGAAUUCGCUAUGAGGGUCCCGGAAUCCACCGUCGCCGAGUACAGCGCCGUGGCCCGGUUACUGCUGGAACAGAUGGGGCCGGUGGUGGAGAUUCCGUUGGAGCCGAGAGCGAGCGGAGCGCUCAAUGUGGCGCCGUUGGCCGACAGAGAUCCAGAGAGU